GCUGGAGGGGCAUGCCGAUGUCCCAUCUCGUUGGCGUAGACGUAGAAAGUAAUGGAGUGAAAGUAUUACAAAUCAGUGCGUGCAAUAUGGCAGAUAUGAGUCAAGAUGAAAAACGUGCGGCGGGAUGGAGGAAGAUUGAACAUCCCAAGGUGCCAUCCCCAGUUGCAGAAUUGGAGAAACAACCUGUCUCUCCUAUUUAUUCAAAAGUUUCUGAAAAACUGCAUAAUGAAAAUUCAGAAACGCAAACACAGAUUAUCUCCACUGAUCAUUCUGUGGGUUCAUUUGUCACCAAUGACGUGCCGCCUUUAAUGUCUGCACAGUCCCUUGCUACACAAGGAACUGUACCUGUGUCAGCCAAUAUUUUCUCCAGCAAUUUCUCAUCGGGUGCUAAUAGUUAUAGUGAAUUUUUUGACAAUAUUCAGAGUGGUUCUGACCGUGAAAAUGUUUUUCUACCUAUGAAUAGAACCAAUGUAUCUGCUGAUUUGUCGGUAGAUACACAAACCAUAGUGAAAUCUCCACCCUUCGAUGAGGUUCAAGCAGCCACAGAUCACAUGUCAGAUGAAUUAGCAAUACCAGAAUCAGCGGAGCAAAAAAAUGUUUCAGAUAUUACUGAUAAUUCAGAGAAAAAAUCUUUCCAUUCAGUUUCACAAACAGAUACAAAAGAAAAUAAUGUGAAACCUGAAGUAACAGAGGAAAUCAGCAAUUUAAGUUCAGCACCCAGUGUUCUUCCUUCAAAUUUUGCAUCAAGUGCUGAAAGUUUGAGACAAUUGUCUCUUGAAUUAAGUGGCCUUAUUGAUGAAUCUGUAGUAACUUCUGCACCAACAUCUGUGCCCCCUACUAGGGAAAUGGAAAGAAGGAAUCAAGAAUUAGCAGCACUACUUGCUAGUGAGCAGCAAAAAUGUGAACGACUUCAAUUGCAAAUGAAAGAAUAUGAAUCAAGAGUUUCCCAGCUUCAGAUUGAAGCAUCCCAACAUCAAACAGAACAAUUAGCUCGAUUGCAGAGAGAACUCAGUACAGCACAAGAGCAACUGCAGUUGCAUGUACAGACAGUGGGGAUAUUGGUGGGAGAAAAAGCUGAGCUUGAAGCGGCUUUGAGCAAAAGCCAACAAACUGCUAAGCAGAAAGCAGCUGACGUGGAAGAGUUGCAAGGACGACUGAAAGCCUCUCGCCAUAAAGUCAGUGACUUGGAGAGGGAACUUGGAUCUGCCACAACUGCAAGCAAACAGUUGGAAAGUUCUGUGCAGCAACAGAAUAAGGAAUUAACUCGUUUGAAAUUGGAGAAGGAAAUGGCAUCAAAGCAAUUAGAAGAAAUUGAAGAAGAAGCAGCAGAACUUCGACAGAAUUUGGAUGUGCGCACCAAUGAAGCGCAAACACUUCAACACGAAUUACGUGAAAAACAGUCUCAGUUGGACUUGGCACAGCUGAAGAUCCAACAGCUUAGUUUAUCAGACAUGACUGAAAUGGAAAAGCAGCUAGAGUCCUUGCACCAGCAAAAAGUUGGAUUGGAGAGGCAGUUGGCAGAACUACAACAAACGGUACAGGCAUUAGGAUCGGAGAGGGACCAAGCAAACUCUCAAUACCAAGAAUACUUGCAUCAUGUUAAUGGCCAGAUGAAGAGCAUGGCUGACAAACUUGCUUCUGCUACAGCUGAAAAUGAACAGCUUUCAAAUAGAGAACAGAGCUUGGUUAAACACCUUUCGGAAUUGGAAAAGCAGUUGCAACUACUGCAGCAACAAAAUCAGCGGAACCGAGGAAAGGAUUCACCAUCUCAUGUUGCUAGCACUGAGUUAAUUCAGCGUUUAGAGCAAAAUAUUCACACAUUGGAGGAAGAAAAAGAGAAAUUGACUCUCAGUAUGGACAGUCAGAUUCAGGAAAACAAAGUUGUGCAAGAUCAACUGGAUAUGUAUAUGAGUAGAGUUGAAGAACUUGAAAGUAUGGUAGAAAGUUUGAAAGCAGAUCAGCCAGACACUCGCAAACUGUUGGCAGCAAUGGAGAGUGACAAGGUGGCUGCAUCUCGUGCUGUGGGGCAGAAUCAGAAGCUGAAAGAACAGUUACUGGAAUUGGAGGAGGGCUUUAUUCAAGUGAGCAAUCAGAAAGUCGAUUUAACACAAGAAUUGCAAAAGGAGCAACAUCUAAGCAAAGAACUAGGGGAAAGAUUAGCACAACAGGAGCUUGAAAUAAGCGAACUGCGAACUCAGCUAGCAGAAAAUGAAAAGAUGCUUCAGUCAUUACAGAAGUCUACGUCUGAGCAGUUAUCGCGGCAAAUGCUUAAGGAAGAUCAAAUAGCAGACCAAAUGCGGCAUUAUGAGGCUCAAGGUCAUAUGACUGAAACUCUCCAACGUGAACUUCAUCAGAGCAAAGAAGUGUGUCGAACUUUACGUGCUGAGAAUGAUGAGCUGCGCAUGAAGUUGGCUCGAGCAACUGUCCCUGAUGUGUCAGAGGCUACCGAAGACCAGAGGGAUGAUCUUGUUGAGAGUCUAAAAGCUAGUGUUCGUCAGCUUACAAUGGAGAGAGAUCAGCUUCUUUCUCAGUUGCAAGAGAAGCCACCACGUGAAAGCGUGGGGACUGAUGCCCCUGAUGAUAGUUUCUCAAAUUCAGAUAUUGAUGUCAAAGAAUAUUGUAAUUUGAAAGAAUCUAUGGAAAAGUUGCAGACAAGGUUUUCCAAAACAAUGGAAGAAGUUGCUGAGCUGUCAGAUGAGAAACAACGUCUAGAACAUCUUGUCUUGCAGCUUCAAGGAGAAACAGAAACAAUUGGAGAAUACAUAGCCUUAUAUCAAAUGCAAAGAAGCAUUCUGCGCCAGCGAGCACAAGAAAAGGACGAACAAUUGGCUCGCUUGGCACGAGACAGGGAAGAAGUGAAAAUCAAAUUGAAUGAACUCAAUCGCCUUAUUGGUCAGUUGGUAGCUGAGAAUGGUAAAGGUCCAACAAGUGUUUCAGUUUCUACUUCAACACCAGAAUUAAAUAGUGUAUCUGGUGAACCUGCUUCUGAAGAUUGGAUGAAGAACAAUGUACUAUCUAGAUGA